GGAGGCGGUUCUUCCGGGUCAAGCUUGCAAGCUCCUUUCUGUAACUCAGCAGUCAUGAGAGUUUCUGUGUGAUGUGUUAUGCGUGACUCUACUGGGUGUUGUGAGAGGAGGUUAGUCAAGCUCAGAACUCCAAACAUGGAUUUAGUCACCUAUGAUGACGUGCAUGUGAACUUCACUCAGGAAGAGUGGGCUUUGCUGGAUGCUUCUCAGAAGAGUCUCUACAAAGGUGUGAUGGUAGAGACCUAUAGGAAUCUCACAGCUAUAGGUUACAGUUGGGAAGAACAUACAAUUGAAGACCAUUUCCAAACUUCUAGAAGUCAUGGAAGGCAUGAAAGACGUUCUUCUGCAGAGCAACACUCUGAGUUUAUUCCAUGUGGUAAAGCCUUUGCAUAUCAGAGUCGUAGUCAAAGGCAUGUAAGAAUACACAAUGGAGAGAAACACUAUGAGUGUAACCAAUGUGGUAAAGACUUUGGAACAAGGAGUGUCCUCCAAAGACUUAAACGAACACAUACAGGAGAAAAACCCUAUGAAUGUAACCACUAUGGUAAAGCCUUUGCAGAAAGCAGUACUCUCCAAAUCCAUAAGCGAAAACAUACAGGAGAGAAACCAUAUGAAUGUAACCACUGUGUUAAAGCCUUUGCAAAAAUGAGUAAACUCCAAAUACAUAAACGAAUACAUACAGGAGAGAAACCCUAUGAAUGUAAGCAAUGUGGUAAAGCCUUUACACAAAGCAGUCAUCUCGGAAUCCAUAAGCGAACACAUACAGGAGAGAAACCCUAUGAAUGUAAACAAUGUGGUAAAGCCUUUACACGAAGCAGUACUCUCCAAACCCAUAAGCAAACACAUACAGGAGAGAAACCCUAUGAAUGUAAACAAUGUGAUAAAGCUUUUGUAAGAAGGGGAGAACUCCAAAUCCAUAAGCGAACACAUACAGGAGAGAAACCCUAUGAAUGUAAGCAAUGUGGUAAAGCCUUUGCACAAAGUGGUACUCUCCAAAUCCAUAAGCGAACACAUACUGGAGAGAAACCCUAUGAAUGUAAGCAAUGUGGUAAAGCCUUUGCACAUAGCAGUACUCUCCAAAUCCAUAAGCGAACACAUACAGGAGAGAAACCGUAUGAAUGUAAACAGUGUGAUAAAGCUUUUGUAAAAAGGGGAGAACUCCAAAUCCAUAAGCAAACACAUACAGGAGAGAAACCCUAUGAAUGUAAACAAUGUGGUAAAGCCUUUGCACAAAGUGGUACUCUCCAAGUACAUGAGCGAACACAUACAGGAGAGAAACCCUUUGAAUGUAACCAAUGUGGUAAAGCCUUUGUACAAUGCAUUGCUCUCCGAAUACAUGAACGAACACAUACAGGAGAGAAACCCUAUGAAUGUAAACAAUGUGGUAAAGCCUUUGCACAUAGCAAUACUCUCCAAAUACAUAAGCGAACACAUACAGGAGAGAAACCCUAUGAAUGUAAACAAUGUGGUAAAGCCUUUGCACAUAGCAGUACUCUCCAAAUACAUAAGCAAACACAUACAGGAGAGAAACCAUAAGAAUGUAAACAAUGUGGUAAAGCUUUUAAAAGAAGUGGUGACCUUCUAAUACAUAAGCGAACACAUACAUGAGAGAAACCCUGUGAAUGUAAGCAACGUGGUAAAGUUUUUAUAAGAAGUGUUGACCUUCAAAUACAUAAGCGAAGACAUACAGGAGAUAAACCCUAUGAAUGUAAACAAUGUGGUAAAGCUUUGCAGAAAGCAGUACUCUCCAGAUAUAUAAGCGAACACGUACAGGAGAGAGACCCUAUGAAUGUAACUAGUGUGGUUAAGCCUUUGCAGGAAGCAGUGGUCUCCAAUGUCAUAAAAGAACACAUACAGGAGAAACACCCCAUG